UUGGGAAAAUAGUAUAUUCUUUGGGGCUGUGGCGAUGGCGGAGUACAGCAGCAAGGCGCAGAAAACUGCAACUGCCAUUUCUACGCCUCCGCCAAGCAGCUGCACCACCACCACCGACGCACAAGGAACUCGUAAGCCUCCAUUCACCAUUGUCCAGGAUGAUAGCAAGCCGACUCUCCGCGACCCGCUGACGACCUCCGACCCAAUCGAGACGGAGCAAAUCCUCCUCCAGCCCCCCCUCUUCAGGAAAACGUGAAGCUCAUCACCACUGGAGAGGAUGGUUAGGAAUGUGAAAGGUAGGACAAGUUUUUUUUGCUUCUUUGCAAGCUCUUUUCAAGGUUGACGAGAGAAACCAUGGUGGAUAAAGCCAACUUUCCGCUCGGGAGCGUUGCCUCUUACAACAGUGUGCUCUCCGGAUUCGCACGGGCUCAUCUCUGGAGCAAGGCAGAGAGCCUCUUGGCUCAAAUCCUCCACACACACCGCACAGAUUCCAGUCUCGUCUCCACGAGCUUCGGCUUGGUGAUCAGCUCCUACGGCAAAGCUGGCAUGCUCGCAAACAUGGAGAGCCUCUUCCGCUGCAUGCUCAACGAAGGCUGCUCGCCGAGCACGUCGACUUUCAACGCGAUGAUCAGCGUCUACGGCAAGGCGCUGCGAAUCCCAGACAUGGAAGCCGCUCUACAAGCCAUGCUUGCGGAGUUUCCAGGAGUGGAACCGAACGUUAUCACCUGGUGCUGCCUGGCCGACGCUUACAGGAGAGCGAAGCUCGACGCUCGGGUCGACAUGGCUCUGGAGAAACUGCUGCUCAAGCCGGAGGAGCUCGACGCAAAGGCGUAUGGUCUCAUGGUGGACAUCUACGGGCGAAGGAAGGACUUCCAGAGCGUGGAGAGAUGCUACAAGGAGAUGGUAGACGCGGGUUUCAAGCCCGACGUCUCGGCCUGGACGUCGAUGGUGAAGAGCUUCGGCGCGGCCAAGGGACGUGACGGCGUGGACGAGAUCUUGAGCCGUGUUUCGUCGUCCCAGCUCGAGCCGGACGCGAGGUUCUACUUGUCUCUUCUCGAGAGCUACCGAGCGAGUGGUUCUUUCAGAAAGAUGGAGGAAGUUUUGCGCCUGCUCAAGCGAUCCAAGCCCAGCAAGGCCGAGCUCGUCAAGGCUGUCAACAUCGUCUUGGACGCGUAUGGAGCCAAGGGGUCUAUCAGGAGGAUGGAGCAGACGCUGGACGAAAUGGAGGACGAUGGCAUAGAGCCCGACUCACGGACUUACACCGCGCUCGUCGCUGGAUACGCAAAGGCAAGGAUGGUGAGGAGAAUGGAGAGUACGUUUCUGCGGAUGCGAGUGGCAUGCUGCGCUCCAGACGAGUUCGUCUACAAUGCGUUGAUCGAUGGGUACGCGAGCUUGGGCAUGGUGGAAGAGGCCGAGCAAAAGCUUGCGGAGAUGUCCAGGUCGGGGCUCAAGGCGAGCGUGGUGGAGCUCACGUCGGUGCUAAACUCGUACAAGAACUCGCCACACCACAGGGCUCGUUUGCCGGCGAGAUUCUUCCAGCUCCAGCUCGAGUUUGGAGGAGAGAUCUUUCGGCCGGACGAGCAGACAAUGGCGAUCUUUCUGUCCGCUCUCGAGGCCGCGGAUUCGACCGGAGCGAGGGCGGAGCUGGUGGAAUGUAUCCGGCGGUGUGAUAGCUCUGGAACAGUCGCCAAGCUCUUGGAAGCUCCAUGCGAAGAGAACGAGAUCAUGGAUCUAGAUGGCGGCGGGAGGCUUUGGAACGGCGUCGAGCGAUUGCUACUGAGAGCCAAGGAUCCGGCCGUGCUGUGCGACUCGCUGGUGGAUGUUUUGUCAUUCCGUGGGCUUGGCGCGAGAGCUUCAAGGUUGCUGGGCAUAGCUUGGGAUCGUGGCUUGCUUCCAAGGCUGGAGAGUGUCCGAGGGGAUGCAAUUGUUUUGGAUCUUCAUGGUUUCUCUGUGGGGGUGGCCGAGGUGGCUUUGAUGCUGUGGCUCUCGAGGCUGGAGAGCUCGGGACGUCCAUUUGGUUCCAUUAGCAUUGUCACGGGAUGGGGAAGAAGCAGCAAAAGCUGUGGUCAUUCUCCUCUCAAAAGUGCUGUUGAGGCAAUUCUAUGGAAGCGAGAAUUGCCCUUUGCAUGGGAUAGAAACUUGGGAGUUCUAAAUGUUAGAUUACAAUAGAGAUGCGAGAUUCGCAACUUUGGAAUUUUUCUUA